AUGGCCGGUAAAGCGUCCGGCCGCCUGCUAGUUUCAGCCAUCUGUAUGAUCCUCACACUUGGCGGUGGAUCGGCGGCCGAUUCCGACUCGGAGCUUGCGAACCGCCCGAAGGAUGUCUACCUUGGAUGCCACAAGCGCCUGUUCACCUACCGCGUGUCGCAAACGGACAGCAAGGGGCGCGAGUGUUGGGACCACGUGAGCGUACUUUCCUGCUGGGGUCGCUGUGAUUCGAACGAAAUAUCUGACUGGCGCUUCCCGUACAAACGCUCGCACCAUCCGGUGUGCGUCCACGCUGGGCGUACGAAAGCGGUCGCCCUGCUACGCCACUGCCAUCCGGAUGCGGACCUUGUGGCGCGACAGUACGAGUAUAUGGAACCGAAAUCGUGCAACUGUCAGACCUGCUCCAGCACGGACACCAGCUGCGAAGGACCGAAGCAACUGAACACGGAAGCGGUGACGAAAAUUUUCCAAAUCGACGACGAAGAUACGGAACCGGAAUAUCCGUAG